AUGACUGUGAUUGAUGCAACAGGAGAGGAGCUUUUAUUUCGCCGUGAGCUAUCGUAUACUCUUGAAAACGACACAUACAUCCGGUACAAGGCCUUCCACAAUGCUGACGAACUCCAGAUGAGUAUGCGCAAGACGCUGCCUUUCAAAAUCGAUAUCGGCGCCAUCUUUUCGGUGUCUCCUGCUGACAAGGGCAAGGUCAGUGCCGCGAAUUUUACACCUGAGCAGCGCGAGCUCGUCUUUGAUAUCGAUUUAACAGACUACGAUGACAUCCGAACAUGCUGCGGAGGAGCCUCCAUUUGCAACCGCUGCUGGAAAUUUAUCAUUGCUGCUGUCAAGGUACUUGAUGGCUCAUUACGCGAGGACUUUGGCUAUGAACAUUUGUUAUGGGUUUACUCUGGACGUCGUGGUAUCCAUUGUUGGGUCGCAGACGAGCGGGCUCGUGAAUUAGAGAACGAGGCACGUUCAGCAGUGGUAGGGUACUUGUCGCUUGUGGAAGGAAAUGAGAAUUCAGCUCGAAAAGUCAAGCUACGUGAACCACUGCAUCCAUCGCUCGACCGGGCUUAUCGCCUGUUGGAACCAAUGUUCCAUGAUAUUAUCUUGUCAACCGAGGGUCAAGGAAUAUUGUGCUCAGAGAAGCAUUGGACGAAGCUGUUGGCUAUGGUGCCCGACGAAGACAUUCGGGCUAACAUGAUGCAUCGUUGGGGUGCUACAUAUUGCAAUACAAGCCCGGCUGAGAAGUGGCAGGAACUCCGAGAUUCUGUGGAUAAGCAGGUUUUGAAAAAUGCCAGCUCCGUGCGCAGUGGUAGCAACGUCAAGCGUCCUGCACCUAACAGUGAUGCAAACAAGCGUUUCGCAGCGGCUGAGCUGCGUGUAUGUCUUCAGGAAAUCGUGCUGGCGUAUCUUUACCCUCGAUUGGAUGCCAAUGUAUCCAAACAGCGGAAUCAUCUUCUAAAAAGUCCGUUUGCUGUCCACCCCAAGACAGGCCGCGUAUGCGUUCCUAUCGACGUUUCCAAUAUGGAGGCUUUUGAUCCAUUUACUGUACCCACUUUAGGCCAACUGCACGAGGAGCUGAAUUCUGACAAGUCUGCAACCAGUUUAAAACAGUAUGUGGAUUUCUUUGAAACAUCGUUUCUUAAGUCUUUAGAUGUGGCUGUCAAGCGAAAAAAACGCAAUGUUCGCGAGAGGGACGCAGCUAUGAAUGGUGACUGGUAG